AUGACCCAGAAAAUGGCUUCAGCUCGAAAGACAGAUGUGAAAAGUGAAUUAGAAAGUAUUGGACGAUGUUUGGAAGGUGAAGAACUGGUGAAAGCGUUAAUGGAACGAGUCUUGGCAACUGAGGAAGAAAAGGCUACUCUAGCAAGCAAAGUUGAAGAGUUAUCAAAGAUUCAGAAAAUGGCUACCAGUCUAAGGAAACAAAAUGAAUUACUAACUAAGAAAGUGGAAACAGUUGAGGGUGUGUUGAUGAAGACCGAACUAGCAAAAUCAAAAUUGGAAAAUUUAUGUCGAGAAAUGCAAAGGGCGCAACGGAAAGCACACGAGGAACAUGUGGAGAAAUUACGCGAAUUGGAAAGGAAUCGUAAAGACAUGAUUGAACAGUUCAAAGAAUCCGUAGCUGGAAUUCAGAAAUCAAUGGAAUCAGGUCGAGAAACAUCUGAAAAACUAACAAAUGACAAUGCAGUGUUGUCAGAGAAAUUAAAAGUUUUGGCACAAGAAUAUGAAAAUAGAGUAGCUGAACUUUCGAAACAGUUUGCCGAAAAGACGGAAUACUGCGAAAAACUAACAGCGGCACGUGAUAUGGAAGUUGAAUUGUAUAAAACAAAGCUUCAAGCUGCUAUAUUGGAUACACAGAAAUGCACACAAGAGAAACUACAAUUACAAAGCGAGUUGUUAGCUCGUGAACAGAAAGUAAAAGAAGUGCUGGAAGGUGAGAAGGCAAUGCGUGAACAGAUUGAUAAGUAUACGAAAAAAUAUAAUGAGCUUCAUCUAAGUCUCAACAAUUCAAAUGAAACAUUUGAUAAAUUUCGGCGUGAAAUGGAACGCAUGAAUUCAAACGUUAUUAAGGUAGAGAAGGAUGCGCGAAAAUGGAAAAUGAAGUAUGAUGAGACUGCUCAGGCUUUGGCAGCUGCAACAUUGAAAGUUAAAGAAUGUGAAGAUUUAUGCGCGUUAAAAGAACGACAAUUGCAACAACUGCAGAAUUUAUGUCGCACUUUAAAGUCUCAAAUUCCUAAUAAUCAGUGA